CGGAAAAACUGAACUCAAGUACUUUUUUGUUUUCCCACCUAGCCUAGCGAGUAGUUCGCUGAACCAAUCGAUACCAUUUGCGAUAUAUCGAUAACUAACAUAUGUAGUUACUCAGUCCAAAGCGAGUACAUGACAAAGUACGCAGAAACAACAAUUUCACAAAUUAUUUCGUUGGGACAAGGUUCAAAUGUUGUGAAUCACACAAAGAAUAAACUCUGGCUGCCACGCAACAACGCAAAUUCAUAGGGAAACAAAACGUUUCAAACAACACUGCAAGAACCGUAAAUACAAACACGCAUCUAUUUUUGUAAUGCCCACAACAGUCGUAACAAUUGCAUUAAGUGUUGGCUAAAACUACCGUAACAUCCAACAGACAGGUGGAGGAGAUGGCUGCAAUAAAGAACAUCGCGCUGGGCAUUUUGUAUGGACUGUGGGACAGCAUACGCGGCAUGACCCUGGUGCUUCACAUAGACAACGAGGUGGCCAGACAAAAUGCAGAAUUGGAGACAAUGCGCCAGCUGCGCAGAAUGGAUAGGGAGCAAUAUAGGCAGGCGCAACGUUCGCCCUCGCCAGUGCCCAGCUCGGCGGCGGCAAUGAUACGCGAGGAGUAUGCCAAGCGUGCGGAGGCCAAUACCGAUGAGCGUACGCUGGAGAAGAUAUUCAAAAAGAAGCCCGUGGAGGAGCCGCAGCCACAGGCCGAGAAGAAAAUCGCCAAGAAAUUAUUCAAAUGCUGCCUGCUAAAUGGCGGCUUCACCUGGCUCAGCAUUGUGCUGUUCGAGAACGUGCUGCUGCCCACACUGAAAUUCUGUUUGACCAUCUUCUAUGGCGCACAGUCCGAUACGUUGUCCUUUGUCUGGAGCUGGCUGCAUCCCAUUCUGUCGCUGAUCUUUGGCAUGAUGUGGGUGCUGCCCAUAUUCAUGCUCUCCAAGAUUGUCAGCUCGCUGUGGUUCGCGGACAUCGCGAAUGCGGCGUAUCGUGUGCGCAAGGGUCGGCCCCAGUUGAUACCCGGUAUCAGUAAACUGGUUGCCGACUUCCUCUUCAGCAUGGUCGUGCAAAUACUGUUUCUGGUGCAGAGCAUGUUGGUCAAUCUGUUGCCAGUGAAAUAUGUUGGCUCCUCCCUGUGCUUUCUUCAUUUGUGCCUGCUCUAUUCGCUGUACUCCUUCGAGUACAAAUGGUUCAACAUGGGCUGGGAGCUGCAUCGACGUCUGACCUACAUUGAAAAGAAUUGGCCAUAUUUCCUCGGCUUUGGCAUACCGCUGACGGUGCUCACGAAUAUGUCCAGCUCUGUGAUUGUCAGCAGCUGCAUCUUCUCCAUAUUCUUUCCGCUCUUCAUACUCAGCGGCAACGAGGCGAAGCCCAUUGUGGACACCACUAACUUUUCGCUGCGCCUUUUCUCACCGGUGGUAUUCAUAUCCAAUCUGUGCUUUGGCGGCAAUCCGUGGAGCAAAACGAAUCGCCUUUUGGCCCUGCAACGGAAGCUGGCCGAUAAGCAGCGCCAGUUGCAGCGUGAGGAGCUAAUGCUCAAGCUGAUGAAGAAACAGCAAGAUAUGCUGCAGCAGCAGCGACAGCACGAGGCGAUGCGCGAGCACUCGCGCUCCCGGACACCGCAGCCGGGUCAGCCGCAUCAUCGUUACGCUCAGCCGCCGGCGUUCGAUGUGUCGCGUGUACGUGACUCGUCGGCCUCGUCCACGCACAGCUCCAAUGCGGCAACGCCGAGCAGCUUUAGGCCGCCGCCGUUCUUUGGAGGCGGCGCUGGUGGUCUGCACAGCAAUGUGCCCCUGGUGCCCACACCUGUGCCCGGUGCGCCGCGCACGCCCGUCGUGAUGCACGAGGAGUCGGGCCCAGAUGACUGGAACUUGUGAGAUUUUUGUGCACACGCACACACACACACACACACACACACAACACACAUAUACUUGACUACUAUCAUAAGGCAUAGGCAUUAGUAUGUAUGUAUAUAUACCUAUAUAUAUUCAAGUACUGCGAUCGAACUGUGUAUGUUAAAUUUAAAUUUAGGUCUACGCAUAAUGACAAUGCACGCUGGUCGGUAGCCGACAGCGCUGUCCACAACUGGUAGCUAACUUAAUCUAUUGUUUGUAUCUUAAGAUAAACACACGCCCAAUCUGCUGACCCAGAUUUCAUUUGGUUACCAUUUUCUCUCUCUGAUUGGGGUAUUCAACAGUUUCAUAAAUAUGUAAUAAAAAUUUUUUGUAUUUUCGUC